ACACUUCUUCGACUAAUCUGGUCAUCCUCCAACGGCACUCUACAUAUAUUUCCAAGUCAUGAAUCCCCAACGCGUUUUGCUCCGUUGUGCCUCCCUGCUGGCCCUGGCGUGCGUGGCGUCUGCCGCGAAGCUGGAAGGCUACAGUGCCGGAGGCGACACCGGCCUGGGAGUCGCACUGGACGACGGUGACCUGCAUGAGGGCGAAGGUCACAGCGGAGUCGGAGGCGGCAGUGUGCUUCCCCUCGUCCUGGUCGGUUCCGGUGUGCUUCCUGAAAGUGCCAUUGUUGGCGCAACUGGAGGUGCGUCUGGUGGGGCUGCUGGAGGUGUCGUCGGCGGGGAAUCCAGCGCUCCAACCGGUGGUAAUGCUCAUGAAGAAGACUUCGACUUCGACGCCGGAGAACUUUCUGAUGGAGGUAUUGGCGAGGAAUACAUUCCACCAAGUGUAGUCCCAGAGGUCGCUCCUGUCGACGUCCCUGCUCCUGGCGGCGAGUAUAUCGCUCCCCAGAUCUGAACUCUGCAGGCAAGGGGUGUCCAGCAUGUUUCCCUUUCGGCAAAUUUCCGAUGCUGAAAAUUCAAUAAAUAGCAACAUUAAAUCC